GUGUGAUGUGUUCACGGUCUCAGUGAAGCCCAGCCUUCAGAUGAGGUGCAGCCAUCUGCCGGAUCAGAGCAAAGACGCAGCCACUCAGGCUCCUGAAUGAGGAAAACACCGAGUCUGCUGUCUGAAAGCUGUCACAUGGGGCCGAGGAGGAGGACGAAACGCUUCCUGAAAUGAUCCUCGUCACCAGCCGUGUUUUAUUAUUAUUAUUUUUUUUUUUUACUCUCACGUAAUUUCUUCGCAUCGCGUUUUUAAUUUCCCUCCAGCGCCGAGCGUCUUUGCGGAUGAUGAUCAGCAAAGUUAAAAACGCCAUGUCCACUCUGGUGGGAGGGAUGGUGCCUCACGGACACCAUCACCACCACCACCACAACCAUCACUCAGGUGACGGCCAGACCUGCGGACAGGACAGCCUGCCGCCGCGCUUCCCCUACGGCCGUCCGGAUUUCUUGAACCUGAGCCCGGAGCUGCUGCAGUACUCCACCGAGCACGCGUCACGGCCGGUGCUCACGUUAAAGAGGGACAGCAGGCUGCCGUGGAAGACGGGAUACGCAGAGGUGAUCAAUGCGGGGAAGAGCAUGCUGAACGAGGACCAGGCAUCCUGCGAGAAGCUGUUUGUGAGGAAGCCGAGCGGCAAACACAGAAACUCCACUCUGCUGGAAGACAACGGGGAUGGAACAGGAAUCCCCCUCUUCUUCUGGGGCGUGUUUGAUGGACAUGCAGGCUCUGGAGCCGCAAUCAUGGCCUCCAAGCUUCUUCACCGCCUCAUCAGAGACCGUUUGGGGGAAAUCUGCCACCUGCUGGAGAACCCAAACACAGCACCUCCCAUCUGCCUGGCUAAGAACGGCAGCCCGUACCAGGCGGACACAAAAAAGGGGGCUGCACAAGAACCAGAGGACCCAGACGCCAUCAGCGACUCCGCAGUGCGCUUCCACAUGGAGAAGGUGGUGAGCCUGGAGGGUCUGGUGAUGGGAGUCAUAGAGACGGCCUUCUCACAGAUGGAUGAUCUCAUCGAGAAGGAAAAAUCGUCUUAUGCCAUCUCUGGUGGCUGUUGUGCCUUAGCUGCUAUUAGUUUAAUGGGGAAACUCUACGUUGCCAACGCUGGAGACAGCAGGGCCAUAAUCAUACGAAACAAUGAAAUUAUUCCCAUGACAAAUGAGUUCACACCUGAGUCAGAGAGGCAGCGGCUACAGUAUCUGGGCUUCCUGAGGCCGGAGCUCCUGGGUAAUGAGUUCACUCACAUUGAGUUCCCUCGAAGGAUCCAGCACAGCGAGCUGGGCAAAAAGAUGCUCUACAGAGACCACACCAUGACGGGCUGGGCUUAUAAAACAAUUGUUGAAGAUGAUCUGAAAUUCCCACUCAUAUACGGAGAGGGUAAGAAGGCACGUGUCAUGGCCACCAUUGGAGUCACUCGAGGGCUGGGGGAUCAUGACCUGAAGGUUUACAACUCCAACAUUUACAUCAAGCCGUUCCUCUCCUGUGUGCCUGAGGUGAAGGUCUAUAACCUGGAUGAAAACAAACACGGCCCGGAUGACGUCUUGGUCAUGGGCACAGAUGGAUUGUGGGAUGUGACGACAGAUCGGGAUGUAGCAGACGCUGUGACAGCUUACCUAUCGUGCUGUGACCCAUCUGAUCCAAUGAGGUACACACUGGCAGCCCAGGACCUGCUGAUGAGGUCUCGAGGAGUUCUAAAGGAGCGCGGCUGGCGGCUACCCAAUGACAGACUGGGUUCAGGUGAUGACAUCACGGUGUUUGUCGUCCCUCUGGCUGGGUACGAGUCAGAGACAUGACGAGGUCCUGACACCAAGUCCCUCUCAUGGCCCCUCCAAGCUCCCUGAAGCCUGAAUGAGGGGGCAGGGAGAGAAAUAAAAAAACACCUUCGUCUAAGACUUGGGUUUAAUCAGUGACCUUCAUCAACAAACCAGACUGAAUGAGUCCCGGCUUCUUUACUUCAAUCUCAUCAUGUAAAAGAAUUUCAUUGACAUUAUAAGAGAGUCACUCCUCUCUCUCUCUCUCUCUCUCCUGGACCUGCUGUUUGUGACUGUUGCCUGUGAGAAUUAAACCCGUUUAGUAUUUUUGUUUCCUGUAAAUGUUCAAGACUGGACAUCUUCUUGAUCCUUUGAAUGGAUUGUUCAUUUUCAUGCUGUGCCCUAAAUGUUGCUCCGUUUUGUAGAAAAAAGUAAAAAAUCUUGAUUGUUAUUGGGGACUGCAGAAGAGAGUGCGAGGUACCAAAGAGAUGCUGUAAUAAGGAUGGGAAUCUUAAAAAUAAUUACACACAACAACCAUAAAACAAAACAAAAUAACCCAUAAGAUUCAUGUCUGUACAUAAAAAGCAUGCAACUGAGGAAUGGACCUUUUCAGUUUUUUUUUCUCCAUGUAGAUCUUUGCCUAAUCAGACCUGCUUGUGCUGUGAUUGGCUAAAAGGCCAGUGAAUCAAAUACAGGAUUUUUAAUCCGGCAUAUCAUGGCGAAAGAAACAUGCAACUGUCAACUUAGAGCAAAUACUUUACCCAAGAAGCAAACCUUUAGAGCUGAAAUAUGAAACCAUUGUAGAAAUGCACAAGCUGCAGUUCCUCAAUUGUCAACUUCAGGCGAGUUCUGAAAACAAAGAAUCCCUCAGGAGAGGCCUGAAUUAGAAUGCCAGUUUUAAAGCAAAAGUAAACAUUUUUACAGUCUUGUACAAAAACUGGCCCCUCUUCCACAUCUCCUUAGCAGUGAAAACUUGAGGGGAGAUUUUAAGAGGUUUUCUUUUCUGACUUUUUUGCCUUUAUAUUAUAGGAUAGUGAAUUGGUAAGAGAGUGGUGAAUGGCAUGCUGGAAAGGAGCCACAUUAUGUCCACCAUGAACCUGGGACACUUCCUUGGAAAACUAAAUUGUCCAUACAUGUCCGAACAACCUAACUGCUAGGCCAAUGGCACCCUGGGGAAUUCAUGUUUUAUAAUUUAUCAGUUAGGAUAUAGACUUCUUAGUUAGUUUUUGUAAAAGAUCGUGGUGUGUGGGCUAAGUGUGUUUUCACACAACUGGGAUGCCCCAGUUUUCCUGUUCUGGGCAAGGUGAUUCCAGACCAUGAACUCCGAAUUAUGAGUGCUUUCUUGAAGAAUGAGAUCUCUGGUUCACGCAGUUGAAAUGAGUUUCCCCAGGAGGGUUUCUGGGUUCGGCCUUAGAGAUAGGAUGGGAAGCUCAGACAUCAGGACAGAUCUCUAAGUAGAGCCACAGCUCCUUCAUGUCGAAACGAGCCAGUUGAGGUGGUUCAAGAUGCCUCCAGGUCACCUCCCUUCUGGGCACGUCCAACUGGGAGGAGAACCUGGGGCAGACUCAGAACUCAUUGGAGGGAUUAUUUAUCCUAUCUGGCCUGGGAGAGACUCGGAAUCCCUCAGGAGGUAGUGGAAAACAUUGCUGAGGAGAGGGACGCCUGGGUUGACUUACUUUGCGUGCUGCUUCUGCGACCCAACCUGGGAUAAACAGAAGGAGAUAGAUGGAUGGAUAGACAGAAAAUUGUUUCAUAUGCAUGGAUGUGAUUGUAUCCUCCUCCCCUUUCCCCUGCUGGUCUUCCUUCAGAUUAGUGGUAUUGUUCAGUGUUUGAGCACACUUGGGUAUUUGUUUAUGCUCUGAGUUCAUCCUGCAGGCUACUAUGGAUGUUAUUAUGAUUGAUAAUAAUUACUAAAAUGAUUAAGGUGGCAACAGCAUUCCUCUUCUGAAUGUACAGUGCAGCUCAGAGGAAAAAAUGGGCCUGUGCUGCACAGAUAUGAUGGUUUUUGAAGAGACAGGAUUUAGAAUUACCUUUACAACUCCACUAACUCAUGUCACUGAUGAUGACUUGGGGAUGGUUGCAUCCACAUCUCCCAUGCACCAGGCCUAUCUACACAUAGACUGUGCUCAAGACUACCUCUUCAGGCAGUCUCAGCACAUUCAAGUACAUUGCACUUGUGUUCACAUUGAACAAAUUGAAUCAGACUUUGCGGUCAAGUGCCGUCACAUUGCUAAACCACCCCAAAAGAAACGUAGACUAACGGAAAGAACACAAAAGGCGGCACCUUUGGCCCUGGGUAAAACAACUUAAUUGCUCUGAGGUUAAAAGGACUUCCCGGAAUAAAACCCUGAUCAGCAAUUUUGAGGCCUAGAAAGUAUCUAUUCACAGCACAAGGUGGCAAGAUUUGGUAAAGUUCUUGUGGGAAAAAUAUCAAAGUUAAACUCUUGACCCAAGCAGAAUGAGUUGAGUCUGUUUUUCUGUACUUUCUUCCUUGAUAAUAUCUGAAUGGAGACACCUCAGACAGUGUUGCACAUGUUCUAUUGUUGCCUGUUGAUUUGUGGUAUCUUUUUAUUGAAUGUACUUGUAGAUUAAAUGUUUUAUGUUAUUUUUUCAAAAGAAUAGAGGGUCAGAGCACAGUUAAACACGUGCUAGUGUAGGUGGAAUUACACGGUUUGCCAGUGUUGGAAAAUGCUGAAUGCAGACAGAGCCAAAUCAGAACUACAGCUGUUGGUGAAGGUUUGUAACAUCGCCAUUCAAAGUCCACAAACUGAAAUGCCAAUAUAAAGCAAAUACUUAUUAGCAUUACCCUGGAAAGGAGAGUUUUAUUUGCCUUUUGCACUUACAAGAUGGCAGUGAAUGAAACACAAAUACUUGCAGGUUUCAUUUUUUUUCUGCUUGAUUGCAAACUGGAAUCUUUGCUGCCAUACUAGUGGGCAAGCAUCACAUUUUUCUUUUUUUUUUUUUUGCAUGAAAAAUAUCCUGUUAUCUCAUGAUUAUGUUAAGAUAAUGAGAUACAUUUAUCCAUUUUAAUAGGAAAACCAGCUGUGUUAUCCCAAGAUAAUGAAAAAGAUGACUCCAAAUC